AUGUCAAGAGCCCUAGCGCGGCGCGCGGCGCCCCCAUUCCUGAGGCUCCGCUCCACGGCAGGCGACGACGGCCACUGGAUCGGCCGGCUGGACCACAAGGACUGGCUCGCCCCGAACGAGGUGCUCAAGAUCUUCGCGAGCAUCAGGGACGCCGCUCUGAUAACCAGCGUGUUCCGGAAGGCCUGCGCCCGGCGCGACUACAAGCCCAGCGAGGCCCUCUACGGCCUGAUGAUCGACCGGCUCGCCGGCUCCAGGCGGUUCAGCGACGUGGAGGAGCUGCUGGCCAGGGCGAGGGCCGAGCGGUUCAGGUUCUCCGACGAGUUCUUCCACAGGCUCAUCAAGAUGUACGGCAAUGUGGCCAACCACCCCGAGAAGGCCAUGGAGACGCUCUACGCGAUGCCUGAGUACGGCUGCUGGCCCUCCACCAAGACCUUCAACUACGUGCUCCACAUGCUCGUCUGCAGGCGGCAGUACGAGGUUGUUCAUGAGGUGUACGCCAGCGCGCCCAGGCUGGGCGUGGAGCUCGACACCUGCUGCUUCAACAUCCUUAUCAAGGGGCUGUGCCAGUUUGGGAGAUUCAGUGAGGCCCUCUCGCUGAUGGAUGAGAUGCCGAAGCAGGAGUGCCGGCCUAAUGUGACGACCUACUCGACGCUGAUGCAUUUCCUCUGCCGGAACUGCCGGGUGGAUGAGGCAUUCGAGCUGUUUGAGAGAAUGCGCAAGGAGGAAAUCGACGCGGAUACGGUUGUAUACAAUAUAUUGGUAUCUGGUCUCUGCAGAGAGGGGAGGGUGAGCUCUGCAUAUGAUCUGUUCAAGUCGAUGUCGUCUGAGGGCUGCCACCCAAAUUCAGGGACUUAUCAGGUACUUCUUGAUGGCCUUGUGGCCUCAAAGAAGUUUGUGGAGGCGAAGGACCUAGUUGGUAUGAUGAGUGCUGAAGGUCUGAGGCCUAGUUUCUCAUCGUACAAGCUGCUGAUUGAUGGCCUCUGUAGUGUUAACUGCUUAGAUGAUGCACAUCAUGUCUUGAAGCAAAUGGUGGACCAAGGUUUUGUUCCUCGGAUGGGUACUUGGACAAAACUUCUUACUACAUGCUUAUGCUGA